UAAACUUAAAACUCAAAAACCCUCUCUCUUCUCGCCUGUAUAGGGUUUAAGAUACCUAACCACAACCGUUGUAAUUCACCGGCGACAAAUGGCCACCGUGUUACGGCGUCUUUCGCUGAAGACAAUCGGAAACCUCCACACAUCUCUUCAACACACCGGAUCCACUCAUCCUACUACCACUCCAAUUCCAUCCCAAUUCAUCAUCAGAAGCCUCCAAUCUCUUAUUCUCCGACAUCCGUAUUCUCGAAACUUGUGCACCGGUGCUACCUACCAACCACAAUACGAAGCUUCAGUCGCUGCAGCAUUAAAUUUGGAUAACCGAGUUCCCGCCACAAUCAUCACCGGUUUUCUAGGUUCUGGAAAGACAACUUUAUUGAAUCAUAUACUAACAGCUCAGCAUGGCAAGCGGAUUGCCGUGAUCGAAAACGAGUUUGGGGAGGUGGAUAUUGAUGGUUCUUUGGUGGCUAGUCAUUCGUCUGCCAACGAGGAUAUUGUUAUGGUUAAUAAUGGUUGUUUAUGUUGUACUGUGCGUGGUGAGCUUGUCACGAUGCUUUUGGAGUUGGUUAAAAAGAGGCGCGACAAAUUUGAUCAUAUAGUGAUUGAAACCACAGGCCUUGCAAAACCUGGACCAGUGAUUGAAACAUUUAGCACCGACGAGCAAAUUUCACGUUACGUGAAACUUGAUGGAGUUGUUACUCUGGUUGACUCUAAGCAUGCCAUGCAGCAUUUGAAUGAGGUGAAACCAAGAUUUGUGGUGAACGAAGCAGUGGAACAAGUUGCAUAUGCAGAUCGCAUUAUUCUCAACAAGAUAGAUUUGGUAAGCGAUGCCGACUUAGAGGCUUUGAGAAAGAAAAUACAGCACAUAAAUGGAAUGGCACAGAUAAAACAAGCUAAAUUUGGUGUUGUUGAUAUGGAUUUUGUGUUGGGAGUGGGAGGCUACGAUCUUGACAGAAUUGAUUCUGAAGUUCCAUCAGAGGGUUCUCAUUGUGAGAAUCACACUCACGAGCAUGGCCAUGAAUGCCACCAAGGGCAUCAUCAUGAUCACAAGCAUGAUUCUGCUGUAUCUAGUGUGAGCAUUGUUUCUGAAGGAACUUUGGACCUUGAUGAGCUUGAUGAUUGGCUUGAACGGCUGGUUGAAGAAAAAGGGGACGAUCUUUAUAGGAUGAAAGGCGUCUUAUCAGUGAGUGAUUCCCAGACACGCUAUGUUUUUCAGGGUGUGCAUUCGACACUAGACGGGUGCCCAGGCAAACCAUGGGGUCCAGAUGAGAAGAGAGUUAACAAACUUGUAUUCAUUGGAAGAAACUUAGAUGAAUCCGCUUUGAGAAAAGGCUUCAAAGGUUGUUUGGUGUAAUUCUAUCUUGUUUUUCAUAUUAGUCCUAUAAUGUUCAUUUUGUACAUCGUAAGGACUGUAUGAAAGUACGAUCUAACAAAGAAAUGACUGAUGUGACAUUGAUACAGAUGUUUCACCGUUCAAAAAAAAAGUUAGAAAGUUUUUCAUAUUAGUCCUAUAAUGUUCAUUUUGUACUUCAUAAGGACCGUAUGAAAGUACGAUUUAACAAAGAAAUGACUGAUGUGACAUUGAUACAGAUGUUUCACCGUUCAAAAUAAAGUUAGAUAGUUUUUCAUAUUA